AUGCAAACGACGAGCCGAGCCGAAGCCGAGCGGCUACUAGGAAUCGCCGAGAAGCUGUUAGAAGAAAAAGAUCUGAACGCCGCUCGAGAUUUCGCUCUCUUAGCUCAAGAAACAGAGCCAUUACUCAACGGCUCCGAUAGGAUCAUGGCCAUUGCCGACGUCUUAAUCGCCGCGGAUAAACAAAUCACCGACAACCACCACCACUGGUACGCCAUCCUCCAAAUCGCUAUCCAUCGGAACGACGAUUCCGACCUUAUCAAACAACAGUAUCGUCGUCUGGCCCUCCUCCUUCAUCCUGAUAAGAACAAAUUCCCCUUCGCCGGAUCUGCUUUCAAGCUCGUCAGAGAUGCGUGGGAAGUUUUAUCAGAUUCGUCGAAAAAAUCUGCAUACGAUGAGAAAUUAUUCGAGUUUUUGAAGGUAGAUCUGGACGCCAUGAGGAAUCAGAAGGAAAAAGAGAUUCAAAAUCCACCGGAGAAAAUGCCGGUGAGGCGGAAUUCCGGUAAGGAAGGAGCGGCGGAGAUACCGCCGUCAGAGAACAUAUGGACGUCGUGUCCGUACUGUUAUAAUCUGUUCGAGUACCCUAGGGUUUUUGAUGGUUAUUGUUUGAGAUGUGCGAAUUGUGAAAGGGCGUUUCAGGUAGUUGCAAUUCCGCCGGAAUCUAUGCCGCCGCUAGUGCCUGGAAAAGAAGCUUACUACUGCUCCUUUGCGUAUUUUCCGAUGAGGUUCGCAGUUACUAAUUCUGACACCGCUAAGACCACCACCAAGACCACCACCGUCCCCAUUUGGAUGCCAAACGUCAAUACAGUCUCGGGGGUAGAAUCCGAUGAAGAUUUUGGGGGCGGAAGACCACCAGAGUCACAGCCGAUGCCGAAGUCGCAGAAAAAAUCAGAUUCUCUGACCACCGGAGUUAACAUGAAAGAGAGUUGCUGUUUGAUUUUUGAAGUUUUGGAUCAUCUUGACAGCUUUUAUCAGCUACACAGAUGGAUUGCUUCCAGUGGUAGUGCUGGUGCAUUGCCCAAAUAUCUGUGUUUGUGGAUUUGA